UAUGUGGCUCUCUCGUAUGUGUGGGGAGCUGCCGAGAUCCAAGAAUGCAUCACUGUCGACGGCAAAAGCCUCAGCAGUACGAAAAACUUAAGAGAUUUCCUGUGGCAGUUGAGAAAGGACCCCGUACCAUGGGCCGACGCGAUAUGUAUCAAUCAGCAAGACGGGGAAGAGAAGGUCCAUCAAAUUGAAAUUAUGCGCUCGAUAUACCGGCGCGCAAAGCUUGUUGUUUCCAUGGUCGGGCGUCCGAACGAAGGCAUGGAAAUGGGAAUCCGCAUGAUGAGAACCAUAGCUGAGGCAUCCUCUCCACAAAAC